AGUAGUUGACAAUGUGGCCGCCACACUCGUUCCAAAGACAUUUGUGUGUGAUUUUCCUCACUUCGGCCAUAAUCGCCUCACUCUUCGUUAUAAAAAACUCGAAAACGCAAAUCAAAUCACCACAACACGCCCUCACAACCUUCCACCCCAAAACCCCGCUGCAUUUAAGGCCGGAAAUUCGGAACAAAACCGGCGAAAUUAUCCAUAUUCUGGGGCUAUUUGAACUGACAACUAAAUGGGGGAGAAGACCGGAGGGAUUGAGUGAAAUAGCGGCUGCUGAACUUGCCAUCAAACACGUAAACCGCUUUAAUAUACUUCCGGAAUAUACACUCAAACUAAUUAUUAACGACACUCAGUGCGACCCCGGGGUUGGGAUUGAUCGCUUUUUUCACGCAAUUUACUCAAAGAAAACCAUCGUAAUGUUGCUGGGGACGAGCUGCUCCAAUGUCACCGAGAGUUUGGCCCACGUGGUGCCCUACUGGAAUAUUUUGCAGGUUUCGUUCGGGUCCACGUCCCCGACCCUCAGCGACCGCAAAAAAUUCCCGCUGUUUUUCCGCACUGUGGCUCCCGAUUCCUCCCACAACGCGGCCAAAGUCAAUUUUGUGAAACAUUUCGGGUGGAGAGUGAUCGCUACGUUCUGCCAAAGCGAGAACAAAUUCCUGCUCCCGCUCAACAACCUCAUAACACAUUUUGAAAACGAGAACAUAUCUUGCGUCACGACGAUUACGUUUUCGCUGGAUAAUUACAAAGAGCAGCUGAAAGUUUUGAAAAAUUCCGACAUUCGGAUAAUAAUCGGGGCGCUGUCGAGCGAACUAGCGCCUGCGAUUUUUUGCGAAAUUUAUAAUUUGGGCAUGUACGGACCUGAUUACGUCUGGAUCCUGCAAGACAGGCAAGAAGUUUGGUGGAACGUAACAACGCACUGCGUGUCCUUGGAGUUGAGCAAAUCGGUGGAGGGAAUAAUUUUGGUUUCAGAUUACAAUAUUGUUGGGGAAAACAACACAUCGAUUUCAGGGCUGGACAACGCCCGUUUUGAGUCGAAACUGAACGUUUCAAAAGUCUCCAAAUACGCCAGUUUGGCCUACGACGCCAUUUGGGCCAUGGCUUUGAGUCUGAAGGACGUGUUAGAUUUCGGGCAAGAAUUUAAUUACCGGCGAAGCGACAUUGUUUGUGAAUUUGUGCUCCGGAUGAGCUCUUUGAAUUUCAUGGGCAUAUCCGGUCCGCUGAAGUUUAUUGGAGCUGAUCGAGUUGGAAGCUCCGUUUUGCGCCAGAUACAAGAUGGGCAUGUUAGAGACAUUGCUCUUUUUGAUUCCGACUCCGGGGAGCUCGAUUUCGAAUGCAAAGGCUGCUCUCGUGUUAGUUGGUGGAACACACAAACGCCCAUUGCGCAAAGAAUAUUAAAAGUGUCGCUAAUUACCAUUCCAAAAGCGCUGUUUUAUUUCGUCAUUUUUGUCGCGAUCAUGGGGAUUUUGUUCGCCGUUUUGUUUCUUUAUUUUAAUUUACAUUUCAGGCGGAUGAAGAGUGUCAAAUUAUCAAGUCCGAAAUUAAAUAAUGUGGCGGUUGUGGGAUGUAUUUUAGUCUACCUUUCAGUCAUCCUUUUGGGGUUUGACACUUCCACAGUGAAUAAAUAUGUUGACGAACUUUGCACGGUCCAAGUCUAUUUGCUCUCGGCUGGAUUUUCGUUAGUAUUCGGUUCGAUGUUUGCGAAAACGUAUCGAGUCCACCGCAUUUUUACCCACUCGGGGGGCCCGAGCAAAGUCAAGGAUAAAUUGCUCAAAGACAAGCAGCUCAUUGUUUUGAUUUUGGUCCCUUUAAUAAUCGACGCAAUUAUUCUGGCACUUUGGGUAAUGAUCGACCCUCUGGAACGACAAUUAUACAAUUUAACUUUAGAAAUUAAUUCCGAAGAGCGUGGAGUUGUUUACCAACCGCAAGUGCAAGUUUGUCGCUCGCAGAACACGAGCGGCUGGUUCGUGGCUGUUUACGGCUACAAAGGGCUGAUCCUAAUCAUGGGCGUUUUUAUGGCUUGGGAAACGCGCCAUGUCAAGGUGCAGGCGUUAAACGACUCGCAGUACAUCGGUAUUUGCGUCUACAGCGCUGUUUUCAGCGCAAUAAUCACAGUUUUGACGAGUUUCAUAAGCGAAUACGUGAUAUUUAGUUAUUUGGCUCGAACUCUAAGCAUAUUAACAUCGACCACAUUGACACUGUUUUUGCUUUUCUCGCCCAAACUCAAAUCGGUUUUCGGACGCUACAGUUCACAGGAUCCGAUCAUGCAAAGCAUGGGCUUAAAAAUCGAGUACAACACGAGGCGGUUUAUCAAAAAUGACCCCAAGGAGCAAAUCCUUCGCCUAGAAAUACAAAAUAAGGUGUACAAGUGCGAAUUAGCAGCGCUCGAUUUGGAGAUCACUCGGCUGGAAGGACUUUUACAAUUAAGUCGACGGUCUAGCGAAGGAGGAAUAUUUACGAUCUACAAGGACGAUCGUAAUAAUCCUGAAAUUUGCUUCAGAAAGGAGGAAUGGGCCUCGUGGCCGACACAGUUUUCCAAAACUCAUCAAGAAUUCGCUUCGGAAAAUAAAUUGAAUAACGAGAAUCAACAGAAAUCACUAAUUGAUGAAAUGAAAUGCUUUUUUAAUAAAACCAUGCAAAUAAGCCCGAACACAACCAACGAGUUCAUUCACAACGAUUUCUUGAAACUUGACGUGGUGGAGCAGAGACAUAAAUCCAACCCGGAGUUCUUCUACGAAAUGUCAACUCUGAAAGAUAAUAAUUUGGCACGGGCCAAGUCCGAGCUCAAUGUCACCUUUUUCAGGAGCUUUAGAUAAACAAUCUUCUGUACUAUUAGAAAAAUUAAAAUAAAAUAUUCAGUG